UCCUCCUCAUCUUGAUGGGUUUCGCGGCGUUUAUUUUGGUCUCUGGGUUUCUUUCGGAUCGGUCUGAGGGUAGUGUACUUACUGCCACUGAGAAAACUAGUGUGCUCAAGCUUCAGGUUGGGUUGUUGGGGAUGGGACGCUCGCUUCAAAGGGAUUUGAACAGGAUAGCAGAAGUUGCAGAUACAUCAUCUCCUGAAGGUUUGAGCUAUGUAUUGACAGGUGAACCUUCUAAGUAUGGGGAUUAUUCUUCACAUUUUAGACAAACACUAGCUUUGCUUCGACAUCCUGAUUACUGCAUCUCGGCAUAUUCAUCC